AUGAUCUGGCAUUCUCGUGACUCGGAUGUAGAUGUGAGGCUGGACGUACAGCAACUCGUGUUUCACCUAUCAUGCAAGACGUUUUUGCCGGCCGACAUUGCGGCUGAACCCCGGCAAGAAGGAAAAAAGAGCACCGGACCUCACCGCUCUUCCUGCCCCUCGUGUCCGAUACAACCCGCGUCCUCAAACUCGUCGUCGCAAGCUCUGGCAGAACAGUCCAGAGGUCAGUCUAUGUUGUGGCGUGUGGGUGAUCCAUACUCACCGGAAGGGAACUCAUCUCGAUCUCCCAAACGCACUUCUCACAGAGUACGUUCCUAUCGCUCGGUCUUCGUAGCCGAUACCUACACGACCGAUUUAGCCACAUCUCAACGUUUCAUGCACGAUAUCCGGUACACUACUACGCCCUAUCCACCUCGCUACCUCUUUGGAGUACAUGUAAAAUUACCCGUCCUGCACCCUUCUACCCGCCCCAUACCAGUUACCAGAGACUCGAGUUUCCCGUGUUUCCAGCUACCAAACCCUCCUCCUCCCCUAGAAGCAGCUAGAAGACCGCAGCCCACGGAGUGA